GCAUUAUUAGCCCGCCUGCAGUUUCUCUCUGGCUGUGUGCUCCUGCUUAAAGAACUCAGGGAGUUCGUUUUCUUCCUAGUCCUUUAGAAGAUUUUUUUUUUCAGCUACAGAGGCAUUACUAAAGAUUUCUGGAAUCAUCAUUUCAAAUCCAACAGUAAUCGAGCAUUUGGUCUAAAAGCUUGGAAGUGAGCAUCUGAUUGCUUAGUGAACCAGACCUUAUUUGGCCUCCCCAAACCUGAAUAUACACCAUGGAUGAUUUCGAGCGCCGCAGAGAACUUAGGAGGCAAAAACGUGAGGAGAUGCGCCUUGAAGCCGAAAGAAUAGCCUAUCAGAGAAAUGAUGACGAUGAAGAAGAGGCUGCUAGGGAACGGCGCCGCAGAGCCCGGCAAGAGAGGCUUCGUCAAAGGGAAGAGGAGGAGUCUUUAGGACAAGCGACUGAAAAGGUGGAAGUUAAUGCCCAGAACAGUGUGGGUAACGAGGAGACUAAAACUACCACCAUAUCGAACACCCAAGUCGAAGGAGGUGAUGAUGCUGCAUUCUUGGAGCGAUUGGCACGUCGGGAAGAACGACGUCAAAAGCGCCUUCAGGAAGCUUUGGAGCGCCAGAAGGAGUUUGAUCCAACAAUAACAGAUGAAAGUGUGUCACUAUCCAACAGGAGAGCUCAAAAUGAUGCAGCAGAAAAUGAGACUUCUGAGAAGGAAGAGAAAAGCGAAAUCCGCCAGGAAAGAUAUAAAGUAGAGGAAACUGAAACGAUCGCCAAGUCCUACCAGAAGAAUGAUUGGAGGGAACCUGAAGAAGACAAGAAAGAAGAAAAAGAUAAGGAAGAGGAGGAAGAAAAGCCCAAGCAGAGAAUCAUUGAAGAAAAUCAGGUAGAGGUGAUGGUAGAAAAGAAAACAGAAACCCAAGAGGAAAAGGUAGUAAUAGAGUUGGAAAAUGGUCAGGUCAACGCAGAGGAACCUAAAAUAGAGGAAGAGAGGACAGUAGAUACAGAUAAGUUUACAGGUAAUGAAAAAGUAGAGGAGCAAGACCAGGAUGAGGCCGAGAAGCUAAGAUUGGAGACUGAGGCAGAAAAGCUAAGGUUGGAGGCAGAGGCAGAGAAGCUAAGGUUAGAGGCUGAGGAAAAGGAACGAAUUAAGGCUGAGCAAGAAAGGAAAGCUGAGGAAGAGAGAAUGAGAAUUGAAGCAGAGGAAAGACUGGCUGCCCAAGAAAAGGAAAGGAAGGAGGCAGAGGAACGGGAAAGGAUUAAGGAGAAAGAGAGACAAGCAGCAGAGGAAAGGGAACGGGCAAAAGCAGAGGAGAAACGUGCAGCUGAAGAAAAAGCUAAGCUAGAAGAGCAAAUUAUCAAAAAAGAGGUAGAAGAAAAAAAAGAUAAAGCAAUAGAAAAACAGAUUAAGGGGGGGAAGGGAGAAGAGAAAAUACAAGACAAAUGGGUAAAUGAAAAGAAAAUACAAGAUAACAAACUUCAGCCAGCUGUCCUAAAAUCUCAGGGAGAAGAAAAAGGGGUCAAAGUGGAAGUUAAAAGAGAAAAAUCCCAGGAAGACAAAUCUACCUUCAAAAGAGAAGAGAUCAAAGAAGAAAAGAUCAACAAGGACAAGGGGCCCAAAGAGGAAAUUAAAAGCAAUUGGGAUCGCAAGAAAGGGUUUCCAGAAGUCAAAUCUCAGAAUGGAGAACUUACAAUUCAUAAACUUAAGCACACAGAGAAUACUUUCAGCAGAAGUGUUGGGAAAGGGAGCACAGACACAAAGGAGGCUGAGCCGACAUCCCAAGUGGAGGCUGGCAAGAGACUGGAGGAGCUGCGCCGCCGCAGGGGAGAGACAGAGAGUGAAGAGUUUGAGAAGCUAAAACAAAAGCAGCAGGAGGCUGCCUUGGAGCUGGAAGAGUUGAAGAAGAAGAGGGAAGAGCGCAGAAAGGUUCUGGAGGAGGAGGAACAGAGGAAGAAGCAAGAGGAGGCUGAGAGAAAAGUCAGAGAGGAGGAGGAAAAGAGAAGACUGAAGGAAGAGAUUGAAAGACGAAGGGCAGAGGCUGCUGAGAAACGCCAGAAAAUACCAGAAGAUGGACUAUCAGAUGACAAGAAACCAUUUAAGUGUUUCACUCCUAAAGGCUCAUCUCUUAAGAUAGAAGAACGGGCAGAAUUUUUGAAUAAAUCCGUCCAGAAGAGUGGUGCCAAGUUAAGUCACCCUACAGCAGUUGUCUCCAAGAUCGACAGCAGACUGGAGCAAUACACCAGUGCAAUUGAGGGAACAAAGGCUUCAAAACCAACUAAACCAGCAGCUUCAGAUCUACCCGUUCCUGCUGAAGGGGUCCGUAACAUCAAGAGCAUGUGGGAGAAAGGAAAUGUGUUUGCCUCCCCCACUGGGGCAGGCACACCAAACAAGGAAACUGCUGGCUUGAAAGUGGGGGUUUCCAGCCGCAUCAACGAGUGGCUAACUAAAACCCCAGAAGGGAACAAAUCUCCGGCUCCUAAGCCUUCUGAUUUAAGGCCAGGUGAUGUAUCGAGCAAGCGCAAUCUCUGGGAAAAGCAAUCUGUGGAUAAGGUCACUUCACCUGCUAAGGUUUGAAACGGCUAGAGAAAGAAUACUAUAGGUACCUGCUCAAGACGCUGGACCAGCUCAAUUCAAAAGUGCUCAAUUGUUCUGUUUUAUAUUUAUAUUGAUUUACUAAAAUAUGGGUUCUUUCUUUUUGGUCUAUUUUACAUUAUCCCAAUUAAACCCAUGUAUAUUAGCACUGUAUUUAAUAAUCACAAUCUAGAGACAUUCAAGGUAAAAGUGCUGCCUUUGCACAGGAGCCUAUUUCUAAAGAAACCCAUGCUGUGAAAUAUAGACUUUUCUACUGAGAGUCAUAACUCUAUGUCUGAACAGUGAUUUUAGCUGCAUCAGAAGUCAACCAAAAUACAUUCAAGUUGAAAAAUGCCUAAGGAAUGUGUGCAGUAUCCAUAGAAAAAUAAACAGUUGCUACUUUUGGAAUACAGAAGUCAUUGUUUCUGCACUUUAGAAUAAGGCAUGGAAGAAAGAAUUUUAGUUGACAAUUGUAAUAUUUUCUGUAAGUUGCCCAUGUCAGAUUUGAGAUACUGCAGCAUUAAUGUCUUUUUUUGUUUGUUUUAUACUUCUAAAGUAUCACUUUUUCCAUUCUAGUUAAGUUAAUAUCUAAGUUGGGUUAUUAUGUUAGCUGACAGUGGUACUAAUUUCUUAAGGUUGGUGGUUUUGUGGAUUUCUUCAGUAGUGAAUAGUAACAAGGACUGCAAUUUAGAAUAUAUAUAUAUAUAUGUGUGUGUGUAUGUAUGAAUGUACAUACAUAUGUACACAAACAUAGCCUUACAAAAUUUAGCGCCAAGCACUACUAAUGGUAGGAUGCUUUAAUAUGUGCUAGAAUAUUAUAUUUAGUAAUAAACCUACAUAACUAGACAAUAUCACUGCUUUAAAAAAUAAAAAAAAUCACAACUUCUAUAUUAAUAUUUCACAAUUGCCAUUAGAAGGAUGGCAGGAGAUCUGAAAAUUGUAAAUGUCAGAUGACCUUUGAUAAAAGGGAAGAAAAAGCAAUGAAAAAAGAAAAGUUAGAGAAACCAACAUAGCUCAGUGUUUUAUAUAAAACACAUUAGUUAAUUUAUAUAAACUACCAUAAUUCUAAGUACAGUGUGAAUUAUACUAAAGUAUAUCCCCCUGGAUCCUGUUCAAGGUCUACCCUUUUUUACAAGUGGAGUUCCCAUUUUAAGUUGGACAUGUUCUCUAAGGUCCCUUCCAGCCCUAAAAUUAUAUAAUAAUAAGAUUGAUUUUAAAAAACUACAGACUCUUGCAGAUUGGUCUCAGGUGUGUGUAUAAAGACUAACUUGAAUUAAAACAAUUAACAGAUGUAUUUAGGGCCCUAAUAAUUUUCUCUUAACAAAAUAAUCAUUUGUUUAAACUAUGAACCUGUUUUCCCAGAUUUUUUUUCAGUCUUAGCCAGUGAAGGUGAAUUGAAAUUUCAAAAAGAUGUAUUAAUUUCCUAUGUUUUGGAAACUUUUCCAUCUUCACCCCACCUCUCCAAGAACCUUUGUUCAAUUUAUAAUUAAACCAUAAAGUCUCUCUUAAAACAGAAAAUGUUUAUUCUUCAUAAUAGAAGAAAAAUAGGACUCUGGCAAAUGGUUCCUGAUUGGAUAGCAAUGUAUUUUGGAUAAGGUACACACACACACACACACACACACACACACACACACACACACACACACUCACCUCUGGGUUGACUUAACAGAGUAAGCCAGACUCAGUUCCAUUCCCAGGUGGGGUUGGAUGCAAGUACAAGAUGCAUACAAAUAGAGACCCUGACAGCCGCAGAACCUAUUUCCUUCCAUUUCAGCCAAGAGCAGCUCCAUAUUUCAGGGUAGUAGACCAGGAAAAAAAAAAGCAGCAUCCAAGACUCUAAAAUAACCAUCCCAUUUUUAAAAAGAAGAUAGAAAGAUAUAAGACAAUGAGCUUGAAUUUGCAUGUAGCACCUGAGUUUCCACAGUUUCUUUAAAAAUGGAGUGGAAAGAAUGAAUUAAAUACAAAAAAGAGACUUAUGCUGAGGUAACUUGAUAUUGAGUAUUUAAAUUAAAACUCCCUUCAAAUUAAUAAUAUUUUCCUAUCAGGGAUAAAGUUGAGAAUAAAAUAUACAGUAUAUCAAUUUCGAAUUAUGCUCCAAUAAUUGGUUGUAAUAUGUUUUAGGGUAGGAUUUUUGUUUCAUUAUUUUGUUUUAAUCUUUAAAAAAAAAAACAUGGUUUUGUUGUUUACAUGUUAGAAGACAAAUGCAUCUGUUAACUCUAAGAGGUGAGACUACAAAUUGCCUAGCAUUUUUUGUGAAUCUGCCAUUUUAUAAACACUUCUGAGUUUUCAUUGACAACUGAUAGCUGCAAUACAAACAAUAUAUUCUGAAACCGCAUCCACAAUAAAUGAAAUAUCUCAAAAUGUC